CUUCAAUCUACUGAGUACUUAUCUUUAUACCUACUUCUUUGGAUUAAUCAUCGGACUGUGUGACUUUACCUGAAGUGAAAGGCCUUAGACCUCCUUGUCUCCUUUGUCUCGCAAAUUUGCUUUGCGCAUUCAUUCGUCUACACUCCUUCAGAUGCUCAAUGAUGAACACCUUUAUAAUAUCUCUUUACCUCUAACCCAACCGAGACGUGAAUGCCAUUACCUCAAAGAGCACAAUAACCAGCCAUGUACCCAACACUCCAACUCCGCAGGUCAACAUCCCUCCCCCGCCCCCAAUACAACGCCAGGCGCAUACAAAGCACAGCCCUCCCCAACGCCCUACCACAGCUACAGCUAUCCCAAAGACGACCCCUAUCCUCUCCCUCGCAAAACAGUCCACCAAUCUCUUCACGUCUCGCCGGCCGAACCUGCAUGAUCACAGGCGGAACAUCAGGCAUCGGCUUCGCAAUCGCCCACCGAUUCCUUCAAGAAGGCGCAGAGCGCAUUAUCCUUGUCGGACGAUCUCACGAGCGCCUUGUCACCGCCGCAUCCAAACUCCAAGGAACCGACUCUAAAACUCCACUUACUCUUCAAACCCAAACACCCGACCUAAAACUGCAUGGAACUCUAAUCGACUACUCCGACAAAAUUAACCUCCUGGUAGGCGACGUCUCAGAAGCCGGAUCAUGGCUGCGUGAGCUGGAGAAAGCAAUGCAAAAAGUCGACAUCCUUAUAAACUCCGCGGGAAUCUCCAACACAAACAUCCUCCCCAAAACGCCAGCAUCAGAAAUCUCCCUCACCCUCCGCACAAACCUCGAAGCCGCAAUCCUCACUUCACGGGCCCUUCUCCGUGCUUCUCUCCGCAACCGCCUAAAAACCCACACCGCAGCAUCCAAAUCCAAAUGUAUAAUCAAUAUCUCCUCACUCCUAGCCCAUAGAGGCGGAACUGGGGCAGUGCCAUACGCGGCCUCGAAGGCGGGCAUCUUGGGAUUGACGCGAUCGUUGGCGGUCGAGGCAGCGGGGAGUGUGCGGUCGAAUGCGAUUGUGCCGGGGUAUAUUGAGACCCCGAUGAUUGCGGGGUUUAGCGAGGGGGUGAGUGAGAGGCUGAGGGGGAGUAUUCCGGUAGGCAGGUUUGGGGAGGCGGGGGAGAUUGCGGAUGCGGCGGUCUUUUUAGCAGGGAAUGAGUAUGCGAAUAAUUGUGUUGUUAGUUUGGAUGGGGGGUUGAGUGCUGUGUGAGUUUACUGUACUUAGACUUAUAUUGCCUUGUCUAUGGGAGAAAAAAAGGGGCGGGUGGUUGUGUAUAUAGAGGUACUGAGGUUGAGACUCGUGGGAUGUUUUGGGACGAUAUAUGUGUGGAUUGUACGAUGAAGAUAACAAGUAAAUUCAUUGACUCAUUCGUGUGCCUUUGUUGGAACGCCAUGCCAAAGUAUGCACAUUAUCACUUCGGCCAAAAUACAAAACACCUCGGCAAUCCC